GGUGAUGAGCAAUAUACAUAUAAUGUAGCCGCGUUAGCUAAGAAAGUUUUUGGGCACAGACGCAGUUUCGAGUAAAAAAGUGUGCAAGCGAAAAAAAAAACGAACGAAAAAAGUAAGGUGGGCGAUUAAUGGUUGAAUAAGCAAAUCGUAUUACUAGAUAUGGAUGAAGAACAUCAAGUAACACGCAAAUGCUAUCCAUAUCAAUUGCUACGCAACGUGCAGAAAUGCCUGCCAUUGCCGAAAACAAAUGCUGCAACAGAACCCAGCGUCACUUCAUAUACGAAGGGAGAUUUUUCCUAUUUUCACUAUAAUUGCGACGGUUUCAAGGACCUUGGCUGGGGUUGUGCCUAUCGCACGCUACAAUCCAUAUGCUCUUGGAUUGCUGGAAAACGCGGUGCUACGGACGUAGAUGUACUAGUGCCAUCUAUAAAAGAAAUACAGCAGACACUUGUGCAAAUCGGUGACAAAGAAAAUGAUUUUGUUGGCUCACAUGAUUGGAUUGGAGCCAUUGAAGUUUUCUACUUUUUGGAUGCACUCUACGAUGUUGUAUGCCGUAUCAUUCAUAUUGCCAGCCACGAGGAUCUAAAAAAGUACGCAAAUGUAUUGAAGAAAUAUUUUGAUGAUUAUGGUGGCCUAGUUAUGAUGGGCGGUGAUAUGGACGCUGGAUCGAAGGGUAUUGCAGGAAUUCAUAUUAGCGGCAAUCAAGUUUAUUUACUAGUCGUUGAUCCCCACUUUAGCGGCGUGCCCAAAUCUGUGCAAGAACUAGUUGAACGCGGCUACAUACGUUGGCAGCACACCUCGGAAUUUGUUGAUAGUUCCUUCUAUAACAUUUGUUUACCUCAACUUAAAUAAGAACAAAAACAAGAUGCCAAAACAUGAAAACACCUGGACAAUACAUAUAAUUGUAUUAUUCAUUUGUUAAAUGUCCAUAUCCAAAAAAUAACAUAUAAAACUGUUGCAAUAGUAUUACUUAAUAAAAUUUCAAUUGCUUUCAUUACAGAGAUACCAAAAACGUUAAAUAAAUUUAAAUACAUAUAUAACUAUUUUCAAACAAAAUAAACCUUUUUGGACUUUUGCUUUUAGAAGGAACUAUCAACGAAUUACUUCUUUUUU